GUCAUUCUCUACGGUAGAGGGUCAGUGGGUAAUUGAGUGAGGCAGGGUGUGCUAGAGGCCUUUCCCUGGGAACUUGAGACCAAAGUCAAAGGAAUGUAACCGAGUGACCAGCGACAGUAGGCGCCUCACAACCGACGCAUGCCCGGGUGUUCCUAAACUGGGCCCAACUUUUGGCAUGGGAUUUGCGGUUCGUGUAGAUCUGUCAUAUGCUUCCCCCUAAAAUCGUGGCACUUUCCUUAUCCCUUCUGGAGAAUGUCUUGACCAUUUACAAACUUUGCUGGACCUCAUAGCCCAGGUCUAUAAUGGCAUCUACCCAAGAGGCCAAGGCAGAAGGAUCCCAAAAUCGGGGCCUGUCUGGGUCACUUAGACCUGACUCAAAAAUCUAAAAAAAUUCUAGACAUAGGCCUCAAUGGUGAACUGCUUGCCUAGCAAGUAAGGGCAGUAGGCGUAGUCCUUGGUAAGAAGAAAAAAAGGAGGGAAGUGGGGAGUUCCCCCACUUAAUUUAGUUAGAAUAAAUAGGUGUGGAUUUACUCAGGAGAAUGUGUUAGGGUUUGGAUAUGCAAUACAAAUAAAGAUGUAUGCAGAAUCACUUUAUCCACUUUGCCAUUCUCAGAAAUUACAUCAUAACUGGUUCAAACAAGCUUUUAACAAGCCUUGGAGAGAGGGCUUAGCCGUUAAGAGUACUCGGCUGCUCUCUCAGAGUUCAAAUCCUAGCACUCACAUUGUGGGUUCACAAAUAGCUUUAACUCCACUCUAGGAAUUCCACCACCCCCUCUGGCCUCCAUAGGCCCUGCACUCACAUUCAUUCAUAUUCUUUAUCUCUCUCUCUCUCACACACACACUAACUUUUUUUUUUUUUUUUUUGGUUUUUCGAGACAGGGUUUCUCUGUAUAGCCCUGGCUGUCCUGGAACUCACUUUGUAGACCAGGCUGGCCUCGAACUCAGAAAUCCGCCUGUCUCUGCCUCCCAAGUGCUGGGAUUAAAGGUGUGCGCCGCCACCACUGCCCGGCCACACUAACAUUUUUUAAAUUAAAAGAUUACUGAGUGUGAGUGUGUGAGCGGGUGUUUGUGGGAGCACAUCCUGGGCCAGGGUUGUGAUUUGUCCGACAUCCUGACGUGGGUGCUGGGAUCUGGAAGAGGAGAAUCUGUGUUUAACUGUUAAGCCGUCUUUUUACUCCUCAAACAAAUAUUUUUUAUUAUUAUUUUUCUUUUCUUUUUAAAGGCAAGAGGAUCAAUAGUUCAGGGAACGCAUCAGAUUUUAGGAUGUUCUGGGCUCCAUGAGACAGGAUCUCAACAAAACAAAACAGGCUGGGAAAGUGGUGCAGCUAGCAGAUGUGCUUGCCGCACAGCCUGGCAGCCUGAGUCAGACCCUCAGGACUCAUUCACUAAGGGGAAGGAAAGAGUGGACUAUUUUUUUUUCUUCUUUAUUUUUUGAGAUUAUAGCUUCAUUACAACGUUUCAUCUUUCCCUUUGCGACCUCUAUAAACACUCCCAUGGACCACUGCUUGGUCUUUCAAUUUCAUGGCUUCCUUUUUUUUGAGAGUGGACUCUUUAAGAUGUUGUCCUCUGUCCUCCACGUAUGCCAUGGCAUGUGCACCCACGUGUACACAUUCAUAUACACAAAAUGAAACCCAGGCAACAAGAGACAAAACCCCAUAUACGCAGCCAAAGGGCCUGUAGAGAUACCUGCUUUACAGAUCCUGAAGAAAAGGACGCGAUCUCAGAGACCAUGCAGCUGACUAAUGCUGUAGAGUUGAGGCCUCUUUCUCCUUCUCUUUUUUCUUACGGGGUUUAAAAAUCCUUUUCUAGUAGAUCUUAGACAAAAGGCUGAGAGGCGAUGGCACUGCCUUCCUUAUCACAGCUCCCUUUCCUGCUGAGUAGCCUUUCUUAGUGUGUGCUUAGUGGAAGCAGUAUGAUACAGGGAGUACAAUUUUUUUAUUUUACAUGUAUUUUUAUUUAACCAUGUGUGUAUUGGUGCCACAGCUUUGUAGAAGUCAGAGGACAAUUUUCAGGAGUGGAUCCCAGGUUCAAAUUCAAGUCAUUAGACUUGGUGGCAAGUGACUUUACCUGCUGAGUCACCACAUCAACAGCAAUGUAUUUUAACAUCUUGUUGGUGAGACUGUCUAUGGACCUGUCUAAAACCAGGAAUAGGCAGAACUUGCAGUGUAGAUGGGUGACUCUCUGUGCCACUUAACUCAGAGCAGCUGUGUGCAGGCAGGUUAGCAUCUCCUCAUAUUUUCCUGAGGAAAUGGAGACUCAGGAGGGUCAAGUGCUGGGCAGGAAGUGGUGCAGCUAGAGCUGACAAAGCCAGAAAGAGUAUCAGGUUUUCAAGAAUAUAGAGGCAACUUUUUGUUUGUUUGUUUUUGUUUUUGAGACUGUUUCACAGUAUAGCCUUGGUUGGUCUAAUACUCUGUGUAGACCAGGCUGGCCUCCGAUUCACAGAGAUUUGCCUGUCCCUGCCUCUGCCUCCUGAGCGCUGGGAUUAAAUGUGUGCAUCACCACUGCUCAGCUAGAGGCAGCUUUUUAAGAGGUGGCACACUAAAAAUGCCAGAAGUGGGGGUGUGCUCUGUGUGUGUGUGUGGCUCAGUGCUUAAGAGCAAUGGCUGCUCUUCCAGAGGACCCAUGUUCAGUUCUUUUUUUUUUUUUUAAAGAUUUAUUUAUUUAUUAUAUGUAAGUACACUGUAGCUGUCUUCAGACACUCCAGAAGAGGGAGUCAGAUCUUGUUACAGAUGGUUGUGAGCCACCAUGUGGUUGCUGGGAUUUGAACUCCGGACCUUUGGAAGAGCAGUCGGGUGCUCUUACCCACUGAGCCAUCUCACCAGCCCCCCCAUGUUCAGUUCUAACAUCAGCUUAAAACCAUUUGUAACUCCAGCUCUAGGGUGUCUGAGGCUCUCAGGGUUAGGGUUAGGAUUAGGGUUGCACCAGGCACACUUGUGAUGCACAGGCAUGAAAGCAAAAAAUAUAUAAAAUGAAAAAUAAUAAUACAUUUAAAAUAUCAGAUGUGGAACAUGUGCGGAGAGGGUAGAGGUAUAGAGAAUUGUGGGGAAAUGUGUUUUGAAGGCAAAGCUUGAAAAAAAAUUUUUUUGAGACAAGAUUUUCCUAUUUAAGUUAGACUUCAGAUUUCAGUUUGUGAUCCUUCUGCCUCAGCCUCAGGGAUGAGGGGAUUGUAGUACAUUCUGCUUGAAGCAAUCACCUUUUGAGAGUUCUAGGAACAGCCCUACAUGCUGUACAGAGACUUCUCCUAAUUUCACAGCAUCCUUGGGAGAUAGAUGUAAUUCCAUUUUACAGAUUAGGAACCUGGUGCUUAAAGAGAUUCCAUUUCGUAUCUAGAAUCACAGUUACAAAUAGUUGACUUAGGGUAACAUAGAAGAAAGGAAUUUCCAGACAAUGCCUGAGUCAUUUUUGGAUUUGGUUUGCUUGUAUGUUUCCUUGUCCUCUUCCUUUUGAGGCAUUGGAACCACGACGCUUGUGUUGAGGAGGUAAAUGGGUAAACUGAUUCACAAGCUGUGUCUAGGUUCCCCUGUAAUGUACACAUACAGUCACGCAUUAGUGAUUGCAAGACUUCCCUCCCGGUGUUGUUCCCUGACCUUUUGAAAUGUCUUUUUCUGCCAAUCUCCCUCUCUAUUAAAAAUAAAAAUAAAAGUGAGUGCUCUGGAGAGAUGGCUUAGCAGUAGCAAGCACUGGCUGUUCUUCCAGAGGACCUGGGUUCAGUUCUUGGCACCCGCAGAGCAGCUCACACCUGUCUGUAGCUUCAGUUCCAGAGGAUCCCACACCUCACACAUGCAGGCAGAACACCAAUGCAUAUAAAAUAAAAAUAAGUCAUUACAUUUUUUUUUUUUUUUUUUUUUUUGUGGAAAGCUAUUGUGGACAGUGGAGAGGUGGCUCAGCAGGUAAGGGCAUUUACAGCUCUUCAGAAGACUCAGGCUUGGUUCCCAGCAUCCAUGUGGUAGCUUACAGCAUCUAUAACUUCAGUUGCAGGGUAUUUGAUGCUUUUUUCUGACCUCCAGGACACCAGGUGUGCAUGUAGCGCGCGCACGCGCACACACACACACACACACACACACACACACAUAUUCAGGAUUUCUUGAUCUUGAGGCCAGCCAGGGCUACAUAGAGAAACCCUGUCUCAGAAAACCAAAUAAUAAUAAAAACAAACAAACAGAAAAACUAAAAUGAAAACAAAAACCAAAAUAAUUAAUUAAAAUUUAUUUUUAUUUUAUAUGCAUUAGUGUUUUGCCUGCAUGUAUGUCUGUGUGAGGAUGUUUGAUUUCCCUGAGAGUAGAGUAAAAGACAGUUGUGAGCUGCUAUGUGGGUGCUGGAAAUUGAACCCAGAUCCUCUGGAGGAUAAUAACCAGUGCUCUUAAAAACUACUGUUCCAGGCCAGGCGUGGUGGCGCACACCUUCAAUCCCAGCACUCGGGAGGCAGAGGCAGGUGGAUUUCUGAGUUCCAGGACAGCCAGGGCUACACAGAGAAACCCUGUCUCGAAAAAAACCAAACCAAACCAACCAACCAACCAACCAACCAACCAACCAAAAAACUACUGAGCCAUCUCUCUAGUCCCAUUUCUUGACUAAGCACCUCCCUCUGCUUUUCUCUCUCCCUCCCUCUCUGCCCCCCCCCCCUUUCUCUUCCUCUCACCUUCUUUCCCUCCCUCUUGCUCUUUCUCCUUUUUUGUAGUUCUACGCUGUUCUGGAACUUGCUAUGUAGAACAAGAUGGGCUGGAAUUCAGAAAUCUAACUACCUUUGCCUCCUGAGUGCUGGGAUUAAAGCCUGGCUUUCGAAAACGCCUGGGUUUGCUGGAGAAAAAGAAAGAUUACAAACUUCGUGCAAAUGACUAUCAUAAAAAACAAGAUUUCCUCAGAGCUCUCCGGAAGAAGGCUCUUGAAAAAAACCCAGAUGAAUUCUACUAUAAAAUGACUCGGGCCAAGCUCCAGGAUGGAGUUCACAUUUUCAAAGAGAACAAGGAAGAAGUGACAGCAGAGCAGCUGAAGCUCAUGAGAACUCAGGACAUCAAGUACAUUGAGAUGAAAAGAGUUGCAGAGGCGAAGAAAAUUGAAAGAUUGAAAUCAGAGCUCCAUCUGCUGGAUUUCCAGGGGAAGCAACAGAAGAAGCACGUGUUCUUUUUUGACACCAAAAAGGAAGUUGAACGGUUUGAUGUUGCAACUCACUUGCAGACGGCCCCAGAAUUAGUUGACAGGGUCUACAAUAGACCCCGGAUAGAGACCUUACAGAAGGAGAGAGUGAAAGGAGCCACCCCUCAGACUGGACUCAAGCGGAUAGCCAAGGAACGACAGAAGCAGUAUGACUGUUUGACGCAGCGCAUCGAGCGGGAGAAGCAGCUGUUCGUUGUUGCCCAGAAAAUCCAGACACGCAAAGACCUCAUGGAUAAAACUCAGAAGGUGAAGGUGAAGAAAGAAACAGUGAACUCCCCAGCUAUUUACAGAUUCCAGACUCGCCGAAAACGUUGAUGGGUUAAAAUUAAGCCUCAGCAUUCUGUAUCGAAAAGAAUUAUUAUCUUUUCCUCCUGUCUUUUGUAAUAACUUCAGAUUUUAUUAAUUCAAAUGGCUUGGUCUUCCUGUUUUGUAAUCAUGACUUAUUUUCGACCUGAGACUUGAUGUCUUUCUAUGAAAAUAGUAAAGCAGCCAGGCAGUGGUCCCAGCACUCGGGAGGCAGAGGCAGGCGGAUUUCUGAGUUCGAGGCCAGCCUGGUCUACAGAGUGAGUUCCAGGACAGCCAGGGGUAUACAGAGAAACCCUGUCUCCAAAAACCAAAAAGAAAGAAGAAAGAAAGAAAGAAAGAAAGAAAGAAAGAAAGAAAGAAAGAAAGAAAGAAGGAAAAUGAGUAAAGUCCCUUCCUAGAAUCAUUAUUUCUGUGUUGAUGAUUGAAUCUCAUACAUAUAAUACUCAUUUGUCCCUCGGAGAGUUAUAUAAUCUCCUAUAACAAAGUAGAAAAUAGAUGAACACAUUUCCUUCUCAGUAUUGAAGAACAGUGUAUUUAUCCCUAGCAGGAGCUAGGGCUACUGAUGCGAGCAGCUGUGAAGGGCAGGUUUAUGUUCACCAUUUGGGAGAGCUAUACAUCGGUUUUUGUUUAUGUUUUGUCAUUCUCCUUAUAGUAAAUUUUACAUUCUAAUUUUUAAUUAA